AUGUCUUCGUCCACCACCAUGGCGAAACCGACACCAACACAAACACCCACACUGGAAGUCCCAAUCGAUCCAACACCAAGUUUCACAUUCACAUCCAGACAGCAAAAUCAAGCUUCAGAUAUAAAAGAUGAUUCUGAUUCGGACUCUGACUGCGAAGCUGAAUCCAAGUCAAGUUACUCGGCACUUAACAACAACGAUCCUGGUCACGACAGCAAUAACAAUACCAACGGCCAUCCGCGCAGCAAUGUACAGCUGCAAGGCAAGGCACAGGAGCCCGCUAAACGGACAAAAAGUAGGAAGAGGAGGGACAGAAGGAAGGUGGGCGCCCUAACAGAUGGGCUAGAUGGGGUACUUGGGGCUGUGUUGGGGGAGUUGGGGAGUGGCGGAGGUCAGAUUGGAAGUGCGAAUGUGAAUGCGAAUGCCAAGAUAAAUGCAGAUGAAGAGAUGGAGGUUGAGAAUUUGGAGAUGGGGGCGGGGAAGAAGCUGACCACCAAGCGGCGCGAAAUAGCCAUAGCAUCACCCCACCACAUACAAACUCCAACGCCCAAGACGCCGCUAGAUGCCAAGAAGAAGGCCACAGAUGCAAGGCGAGCGCGCAAGGAGAGGGCGCGGAGGGCGCGGAAAGAGGGUGAAGUGGAGAGGAUGGAUUUGGGGUAG